AGAAGGGAAAUAAGGAGAGCCGUCUCAGAUGAGAUUAGGGCUACAUUGAUUGAUCAUGUGAUCAACCAUGGGUUGACCAUGAGGGAGGCUGGACUGAGGGUCCAGCCAAAUGUAAAUCGAUUUACGGUGGCAGGCAUUAUCCGAACAUAUCGAAAUGAGAACAGAGUGGAAAGGCAAAGGAAUCGUGGAGGGCGAGGGCGCAAAUUCACCGACGAGCAAGAGACCGAAAUCAUAAAUAUGGUUCUGGCAAAUAAUGUGAUUAGAAUCCAUCAGAUCCAACACCAUAUUAUAAAUGAUGCAACUGUUUUCAAUAACAUUGUUACAGUAAGCUUGUCCACAAUUCAUCGUGUCCUCCAGAAGAAUCAGUUGCGCAUGAAACAGCUAUACAGGGUCCCAUUUGAAAGGAACUGCGACCGAGUGAAGAACCUACGUCAUGACUUUGUGGAUAGAAUUUUGGAGAUGGAUGCAGAUGGAGAUGUCCUCCAUGAAUAUAUAUAUAUAGAUGAGGUGGGCUUCAACUUGACAAAAACUAGAAGAAGGGGGAGAAAUAUCAUUGGACAAAGGGCCAUUUUGAAUGUCCCUGGGCAACGUGGGGGAAACAUUACAAUGUGUGCUGCCAUCACAAAUAAUGGUGUCCUGCAUCACCAUGCAACACUUGGCCCCUACAACACUGCUCACAUCAUAACUUUUCUGGAUGCAAUUCAUCGCAUACUUGUUCCAGGUCAGCAGAAUCAAGAUCAGCAAAGAUUUGUGGUCAUAUGGGACAAUGUCAGCUUUCAUCGGGCCCAUCUGGUCCAGAACUGGUUUGUCACCCAUCCUCAUUUCUCUGUUCUGUACCUGCCUCCUUAUUCUCCAUUUCUCAAUCCAAUUGAGGAAUUUUUCUCCACAUGGCGCUGGCGAGUAUAUGAUCGUCGUCCCUAUGCCCGCAUUCCACUUCUCCAGGCAAUGGAGGAAGCAUGUGGCGACAUUGACGCUGUCUCUAUUCAAGGAUGGAUGCGCCAUGCAAGAAGGUUCUUUCCUCGGUGUUUAGCGAGAGAGAACAUAGCAUGCGACGUGGACGAAGUAUUGUGGCCAGACCCAGCCCGGAGGAGAGAUGAAGCCUAGACACACACCCAACCCCCCAACUCCUACCCUCUGCCCAAGCAACACACACACACACACACACACACACACAAAUACAGUAAUAAUUUUGUUUACAGUAUAAGUAUUUGUUUGAAAUCAGCUUUUUCCUGGAUGUGUUUGGUUUCUGUCCAACUACAUGUGGUAGUUGGAUUUGUUUUAUGUGCUGUACAAAUAUUGUAUUCAAUGCAGCAAAUGAUUUGGAAAAAAUAAAUAUUUUUGGUUUCAAUUCUGCUUAUGUGUGUUGUGAGUAUAUUUCACCUUUUCUCUGCAGUUUUAUAUAGAAAUAAACAUAGAAUUCCAUGAAAGACAGAAGUGCUUUAGGUUUUGAACAACAGUGUGUACAUGAUGUAUCCAAAAUGUCAUAUUAUGACAAAAGUGUUUGUAAUGUGAGGCGAAUGUUUGCU